AGUUUGUGCGCACUGUUUAAUUCUGUCAUAUAACCAGAGAAUGUAAAAUACAUUCUACAUUCUCUGAUAUAACUUAUAGCUAAUUUACAUACAACUUUCGAAGCAAAGCUAACAUAAGUUAUAUCAUAAUGAACGCUUUGCUUUUGGAGCUUCUCUCUGAUAUUAAAUAUUUCGUGUUUUUUUACUUUUGUCAAAUCAUUCAAAGUAUAAAGCAAUCGGAAAUAUUUUUGUAUUGUCAUUUGUUAUCCUAAUAAAAUCCCUUGCAUAGUAGCAUCACGCGGGAAUGUUCGAGCCAUUCAAGUGCUUAAAAGUUGUAGGGAUUUUAGCCUCAGUGAGGAUAUUAGAAAAUUUAAACUUAAGGAGUAUAUAUAUAAAUAUUCAUCUAAUAGUCAGUACAUCUAUGAGACUUUUAGGGUGGAUAUACAUGACGGAGAAUGUAGAUAAUAUUUUACAUUCUCUGUACAUGAGGUUAUCGAGUAUCAAAAUAUUUAUAUCUGUUUAUAAGCACAUCCCUACUUUCAUAGGGAAAAUAAAAGAGCAAGAAAGACCGGGGCAACAAAUAACAUAAUGAUAACAAAUCAGAAAUAACAAAAACUGUCAAUAUGGAACAAUGCGAUAACGCGAAAAGUGGUCAAAGCUGGAAAGCAAGUAUAAGAAAAUGUGAAAUAGGUGACAACUAGCAACUAAAUAGCGAAAAUUGUGAGCAAGGCUUAUUCACAAGUUUCUAAUUGCAAAGGAAAAAAUAUCAAAUUUAAAGAAAAUAUUACGUCCUAUAAUCCGUACUGCAGUGGAAACGGAAUAACGUCAAUUACGAAACCAAAUAAUUUUCUAUAAUUUUCAAUAUAACCGAAAAAUGAUUUAGAAAGUAAUAUAUGUUAUGUUCCUACAAUAAAUUUUUGCUAUCCAGAAAGUUAUUAAGUGUAUAAAUUACAUUAGUUAUUUGCAAUAUAUAAUCUAUUCGCGUUUACCUAUAAAAUUUGCGUAAAUAUGCUUACUUUAUAUUAUGCCACUGCUACAUUCCUGCAGUCUUGGCGUAUAAAGAACGUCUGUGCAGAAAUUGGACAGCAAUUAGCUCUAAAUACGAGCAUUUCAUUCUACACGUUGCCUACAGAAAAUAACGAUGGUUUUGAUCCUUCAUUAGCGGCAUCAGAUUUCUGUCACAACCGAAAUGCUGCGCGUGUUUCCGAAAUACUUUGGUUAAAUGGUUCACAUCGCGGUUGCUGUCUACAUCCGUUGCAAGUGGUGCAACUAAAGCCAUGGAUAUCGUUUGAUGAGAAUAAUACCUCAAUGGAGAAUAAGCUACUUCCCUUUGCUCACCAACCGAACCCAAAAGCUUUGUUGGAUGAGUUUGCUGCUUUAAGAAAAGAAGACAUUUUGCAUCUCUUAUUGGAAGCCGAUAUUCAACAUUGUUAUGAGUAUAAGAAUACCACAAAUCAUAUACGGAUUGAAAAUUUUGCUAUUAAAUAUGAGGGUAAACCACAACCCAUGAACUUGUUGGCCAGCCAUUUGCGCAAGCCUGUACGGCAGUGCGAGUUCAACUUAAGUAAUGAGGAUUGGCAGCGGCAUUUGGAGCAUUUACGUGCAUUGAGCGUAUUAGCUCAUCAAGCAACAGAGUUUGAGAGUCAAAAAAAUCGUACCGAGGGUAAAACUACAGACGAUGUUGUAGUUAAGCCAGAUCUUAUACCUUACGAGCAAAAGGUAAUUGCAAGCGUUGCGAAUUUCAAGUCAAGUAAUUCACGAGAGUCGGAAAAUGUUGACACUACUACUAAUGCCGAAAAAUCUACCGAAACAGCCGAAACUCUGACGGAUGUCAAAACAGCUUCAACUGUCAAACCUAGUAAAUCGUCUAUGGUGACAAAAGUAUCUAUAGAGACCGAAAAAGCUGUGAAAAUUUCUUCACCUUUGUCCAAAAUGAAGACUAAACCGACCGAAAUUAGAAAACCAGUCGCCGCUAACACCAGUUCUGGUGGCAACGGACACGAGAGUCGCUUCAAGACUACCAAGGUUACUGAUGCUUCCGCAUCAUCAAUAGAAACACAAAAGUCUUCAAAAUCUGCGCUGAUAUCACCGACUCUUCCACUCACUGAUCCACCCAUUACCAUUUCUGCAGCUGCAGCCAUAAUAACAACAACUAUAGCUCGCGCUAAAAUGCCUUCCAACAGUGCGAACCAAUCUACUGAUUUUGGCAAGAUAGGCACAGGAACUGUGUCAACAUCAUCACAAAAGCAACAAUCGAUACCUAUAGAAACUACCUCGCUACAAAAAAACAAAAAUAGCGAAAGCGACUUAUCAACUUCCACACACGCAUCUACAAGUUAUGGCGCAUUAUCAAAUGAGGACCAGAGGAAGAGUCUUAGUUUAAAGCGGUCCGCUAUUUCUUGCCCAAGUAAACCAACCAAUGUAUUUGUUUAUUCCGAAAGCGCUAGUUCGCGCGAGGGAGCACUUUCUACACUUAAACAUAUUUUAGAUCGGGAAAGGUAUACAAUUUAUGCAAUGACUCCUCAACAGUUAACACAAAAAUAUUGGAUGGAAAACACUGGACUUUUAGUAGUCUGUGGUAAUGUGCCUACAAAUGUUGGAGAGAUACUAGUUGAUUAUUUUUUGUGUGGUGGUAGAGUACUCUCUUUAUGUUCAGAUAUACUGAAUUUUGUGCUGCCCAACUAUCGAACUGCCGAGGUACGUGAAAAUGAACUGGUGCAGUUCUCGUAUGAUAAAUGGCAAAAAAUAAAAAUGAUGCAUCACAUAUUUUGUUAUCAGCCUUCGCCCGUAAAGAAGAACUUCUCUACGGAUAGUGACGAUGCUACACAAUCAACUACGAGAAAACCAGCUCUAGUGUGUCCAAGGUCUGUCGAACUGCAGGAUCUUCGUGGUAAAGUGCACAAUCUAGAUGUGAAAGUGCUUGGCACUGAGGAAACGUGGAAUACACCCAGUUUGUUAUUGGCGAACAGCGUGCAAAGCGGAGGAUGUGCAGUUUUCUCGCAGGUACAUUUGGAAACGAAUCCUUUGCAAUUCGAAAUGGAUGAAUCUAAGUAUAAGAUUCUAAUGCAGAAUGAACAAGUUCGAAUGGAAAUUUUAGCUCACUUACUAAACAAGCAUUUGGAUAUUAGUGUUCGGCAAUUCAACACCAUCGGAGACAAAUGUACAUAUCAGGAAGCUUAUUUUCUUGGGAAACACGAGUCCAAAUUUGAAUUGUUGGAGAAAAUUAAGAGUACUGGAGCUAAGAGUAACAUUAUAACCACUUCCAAAUUGACCAUACAGUUUUGCGAUAAGGGUGAUAAACCCAAAAGCGCUAAUACAAAUGUUCUUCCAAUACUUAUACAUUCCUGUCCGGAGGAUUUUUCAACCGUGGAAUACUUUGAUAAUUUAAAAACCAAAUAUAUUGGACGACUCGUCAUUUAUGCACCCUUUGUCAGUACCAGCAUGAAUGUAAUAAGCGAUCUGGAGCUAAUAGACGGCAUUGCGGUUUUGGUGCGUCAACAAACAGAAGGCGUCGGACGUAGCAAUAAUCAGUGGAUUAGCCCUCUCGGUUGUGCUAUGUUUUCGUUGCAAUUACAUUUGUCGUUGGAUUCACCCUUGGGUAAACGUUUGCCAUUGUUGCAACACAUUAUCGGUCUGGCUUUGGUGAAUACAUUAAAAGGAAAUCCGACUUAUAAGGAUCUUGACAUUCGUUUAAAAUGGCCCAACGACAUUUAUGCAAAUGGCCUGCAAAAGAUUGGUGGCCUUAUUGUGAAAACAACAAUGUUUGGUUCGAAAAUCAUCGCAAAUAUUGGAUGCGGAAUCAAUUUAGAUAAUGAAAAACCUACAACUUGUAUUAAUUCCAUGAUUGGAAAAUAUAAUCAAACAAAUCGUACGAAUAUAUCAAUUCUUAAAUAUGAAGAAUUCAUUGCGUUAACAUUUAAUGAAAUUGAAAUCAUCCUAGAGAAGGUGAAGUCCGGCGAUUUUGAUUACUUUUAUGAUCUUUAUUACGAACAUUGGCUACAUAAUUUACAAAAGGUAAAUAUAUGCGACAAGUUCGGAAGCCAACAAGAGGCGACUGUCAUUGGUAUUAACGAUAUUGGUUAUCUCCAAGUUAGGACAGUUGACGGUACAAUAGAAACAGUUCAACCGGAUGGAAACAGUCUUGACAUGCUGCAGGGACUAAUAGUGCCUAAAUAUAAUUGAAAUAAUUGAAUAGAAAGCAAAAGCCUUUUACGAAUUAUGUUCUAAAUUCAUAAAAUCGCUAUUUGUUAAAGUGCAUUUGAAAUCUAUUUAAUAUAUAAUACAAGUGUUGUUUCUUAGGUAUGUUAAAAAAAACUAAUAUAAGGCUUACUAAAUAUUUGUUAACAAAUUUGCCAUGACAUUGAGAACUAUUUACGAAUAUAGACUUUGAAAACCAAAAAAAUUAAAAAUAUGGAAUUUGUAUAUCGUAUCCAACUACUAGAAAUUAGUUUAUCUAAAGAACUAUAAAAUCAGUUCAGCGUUAAGCAAUAUAAUAACAAAAAACAAAAUUAAUAACAUAAUUGGUCUGAUAUAUAAUGUUAAAUAUGUGAAUUACUUAGCUGAUCAUACACGAUAUUUUGUUAAUGUGCUUAUGAUAUAUAUUUACUUAUUUUAGAUUAUAUUUACUUAUUUUAGAUUAUAUUUACUUAGUUUUGAUUAUCAAUUAUUUAUGAGCUUUUGCACGAACGUGAACUACAGUUACAUAUAUGUCUUAUUAUAAAAUCGACUUUUUUUAUUUCUUGUUAUUAGGUUUUACUUAAACUAUAAAAUAUUUUUUGUAUUUUCUGUUAGUAAAGAGCUUUUUACUAUUAACCGUUCUAGCAUAUACAAUUUUGUUCCUUGUUCUUACUUUCAUAUUUAGUAGGCUAUACAGAACUUAGCAUCAUAGUCUAUUAGUGUAGUUAGCCAAAUAUAAUAAUAGAUUUUGUAUAGCUUUUUUUAGUUAAAAAUAUAAAUGUAUACAUUAUUAUUACGAAAAUAAUACAUAUAUAUUCUAAUAUAUAAGCUUGAUAUUCUGUAACGCCUAUAAAUAAAGUGUUAAAAACCAAAUUCCAGAUAUAAAAUUCAGAUAUAUUAA